UCACUUUAAAAAUUAUGCAACUAAAAUUUUCCUUGGUUUUAAUUGUCGUUUUUGGACUUUUUGGCAAAACCUUCAUGGAAACGCUUGGCAGUAACAGUUCACAGAACCCAACGACCGAUUCCUCCGAUAAAACCGUUUUAAACAACCUGCUGGCACGAGAAAUCCUAAAAAGACAGGCUUUGGAGAACAAAGUCACGACGUUAGAAAGACAAAUUCAGGCGCUGGUCAGCGACGUCGCCGCCAAUAAAGCUACGUAUACUUCGUUAGAACACACUGUCAAUGGGAACUCUCUCCUUCAGACCAACAUGGCGACUUCCCUGCAGACCAUCACCAAGAGAAUGGAUUCUGAAAAUGUUAACAUCAGGCAGAGCCUUGAUCACUUGUCUGGCGUUAUCAACGAUAAUAGAGAUCACGUAUCUCCUUCCCCUAUUGCUUUCCUGGCCAGAGUUACUUCAGAUACCCCUUCACAAAGUGGAACCAUUGUCUCCUUUCAGAUGGAAGAUCUUAACCUUGGCAGUGGGUAUUCUUCCACUUCAGGAAUAUUCCAAGCCCCUGUGACAGGGGUGUACAACUUUCAAACCACUAUCCACAUUCAGAGAGAUAGAUUUGAAGGCUACAUCUCUCUAAAUGGUGUACCCCAGACCUACCUAACUUUGACAGGAAGUGACCAUGAGGUUUUUGGAUCAGUCUCCGUUACGCUGCGGAUUAACAGUGGUGACAGAGUCUGGUUACAAAGGACAGAUAAAUCUAAUUCUGUCAUCAUUUCAAGAAAAAGUCUUUUCUCUGGAUUUUUAGUGCAAGCAUUUUAAAAACAAAUCUUGCAAGUAAAUAUUGAAUUAUUCUUUCUUUAGUUAUUAUUCAUGCAACCACAGGCAUAUUCCAUCCAGCUUUGAAGAUUUUCAUUUAAAUAUUCCUAUUACAACAAUUUGAAAAAGAAUACAUUCUGCCUUUGUUUGCAAUUACUUCUUUCACAACAGAGCAGA